GUGUCACAAUAGAGCUCCAGUCCAUUCUUUAGCUUCAUUAGAAGCUCAAGAAAAAUCAAAAGAAACGGAAAUUUAUAUAGACGGAGAUUAUAGGGUCUACCUGCGUUGCCCAGCGUGCGAUUCGUGUUUUCAUGCUAGUUGUGCUGAAUACGAAAUAGAACUUUUCCUAACCAGAGAACUCACCGGGACACUGUGUGAAAGGUGUGCGUGUGCAAAAAACUAAGAUGUCUACAACGAAAGUUAUAUCUGUGACAAGAAAUGGUGUAACGACUAAGAUUCUAUGUACUCAAGAAGUUGCUAACAUGCUGAUGUCCAAGGAAAUUGAUUCAAAGGUAAAAGAAAUGAUCGUAAAUCAACUUCUAUCUACAUCCACACUGCCAUCUGCAGGAGAGACACCUCCACUGCCAAGUCCUUCAAUACCACCACCACGCAGUUCUUCAACACCACCACCAUGCAGUUCUUCAGCACCACCAUUGCCAGGUCCUUCAGCAACUCCACUGCGCAGUUCUUCAGCACCACCAUUACCAGGUCCUUCAGCACCAUCACCACGCAGUUCUUCAGCAGCACCACCAUUGCCAGGUCCUUCAGCACCACCAUUUCCAGGUCCUUCAGCACCACCAUUGCCAGGUCCUGCAGCACCACCAUUACCAGGUCCUUCAUCAGUGCAGGAUGAAGAUACAAAUGGAAAGUGGGAUGUGCAAAGCAUAAAGCUAUUGAAGAAGGUGUAUCAUGAUAUAGAAAGUCAAAGCUCCUCCAAACCUCUGAAGAAUAAAUGGCAGAAGGUGGCUAAGGAAGUUAAUAAAGAAGGAGGCUACAACUUUUCAGCAGAAAAAUGCAGAAUGAAAAUAAAGGGUCUUAAAUCGAAAUAUGAACGUCAUAAGAAAAAAAACAACACUUCUGGUGAAUCACCAGCUUCUGAUGAAGAUGAGGAUGAUUUUGAUGUUUUUGAAAAAAUACCGGAUAUGAAACCUAAAGCAGUGCUAGAAUCAGGAACCUCAAAAAAAAGGCCACCUGCUGAUGAUUCCUCAUCUGAAGAAACAGAGCCUGUACCAGUGAAAAAGAAAGUCCACCCUAAAAGGUCUGCAGAGGUUUUGCAAGUCAUGUUAAAAGACCUGAUGGAAAAACGAGAAGAAAAGGCAGAACAACGACAUCAGGAAAAACUUGCCACAGCCAACUCUCUCAUAGAAGUUUUGAAAGAGUUGGCAAAGAAAUAAUUGUACAGAGGUUUACUUAAGUUAGCUUACUACAGACAGUAGAAAACUUUAUACUUUCUUGCCUUAUGGUUAUAAUAAGUUAAGUCUUAUAAUAAUGUGUCCCAGAUCAAGUUUUGGAAGAAUUUUUUUUACUCCAUUUCUUAUUAAGGUCUUCCAUUCCUGGAAUAUUGAUAGAUCAUGAGAGGCAUAUA